CCACAUUGUCACUCCAUGCCUCUCUCCCACUUUUACUUGUAAAGAAUUAUCUCCCUUCUUCUUUCAUCUUCUUCUUCUUUUGUUGUUGCAGAGAUUAGUCCGAAACUUGUUAAUGCUGGGAACUACAUAAGACUAUAAGAGAAUCUUACAGAAAAAAAUGGAUGCAAACCAAUGGCGAUCGAAGAAGAAGGUAGAAUCUGCAGCAGAAACACUCCAAGUUCCUUCUAGAAGAAUCAUCAGAGGACAGGCACGUACGGUUCCUCCACCAAAUGGAAUUAGACCCGAGAGAGCUCGAAAAAGUCUAAACGAGAAGCUUGAUACUGUAGCCUUAAACUCUGCUAAGAAAGAUCCUCGUGUGACUCUUAACGGUGAAAAAGGUGUAGCAGAUGAGAUUUUCCUGAGAGAUGAAGAAAUGAGUCUUGAAUUUGGGUUGAGGAAUGGAGAUUCAUCGCCUUUUUCUGGUGUAUCUGAUAAGCUUCUGCAGCGAAUCGAGCUUCUUGGGAGAGAUCACGAGGCAAAGAGACUCGGUAACCACAAUUUCAGGUCAACUGAAACUAAGAAAGAGAGCCAAGAAGAAUCUGCAAACGAUGAUUUUGAGAUGAGGAGAAAAAUUCAUACUUUAGCCGCUGAAAACACUCAGCUUAAGAAGGCUCUUGUGGCGAAAGAAGAGCUCGCUGUAAGCUUACAAGAGCGUAAAUUUCAGGUGGAGUCAGAGUUCGAAGCGUUAAUGAAUAGAUUAGAUUCGACAGAGAAAGAAAACGCGUUCUUGAGAUAUGAGUAUACUGUUCUUGAGAAGGAUCUUGAGGUAAAAACAGAGGAAACAGAGUAUACUCGCAAGUCUAUGGAGCUAACUCAUAAACAACAACUAAGAAACGUGAACAAGAUUGUGGAGCUUGAAGCUGAAUGCCAAAGGUUAAGACUUUUGUUUCGAAAGAAGUUCCCGGAGAGGUCUAUAUCGAUGAGGAAUGAAGGUGAAGAAAGGAAGAUGGAGAUGAAAAGAAGAAGCGCGAACAAGAGUGACUUGAUGAUGCGAGAUGAAGUUCAGAGCCGGAAGCUUAAGUAUGAUCUUUUGAUGGAGCAAAUUGGGAAUGUUAGGGCAGAAAACAAGAAUCUUAUGGACAUAAUCAUGAGGAAAAACAUGGAGAUCAAAGAUCUUAGCAGAGGGCAGAAACCGUUAGAGGUCUCAGGUUUCGAUAUUAGAAGUGAAAACAGCGUGAUUAGUCCCUCUGGUUCGAAGGAGAUGAAGUUUCUGAUGGAUGAUUUUAAUGAGAUGGAGAAGUUAGCCAUUGUUUGUUCUGAGAAAGAUACAAGAGAGGAUGAUGAAAAGGAAGGAUCUUUCGAUUGGAUUCAAGUUGUUUUGAGCGCUAUAUCAAAGCAAGAGAGGAUAUCAAAACGCGGUGUCAAAGAACUAUUACAAGACAUCAAGAUUGCUUUAGGAUGUAUGGAUGAUGAUGCAGAGACCAAUAAAGAUGAAGAAGAUCCUCUCUGCAUCACAUGGAAAUCUCCAGUGGAAUCAGGUCCAAUGACAAAGGAUGAGAUCAAGAGACAUUUGGGUCUAACAACAGCAGAUAAGGUUGUGAAAAUUGAAAGCGAUGAGAGGCAAGAACUGAGAGAUAGGCUUGAGGAAUCAGAGGAGAAGAUCAGAAACUUAGAGCUAGAGAUCAAAGCGUUGAGAGAGGGUAAGGAGAAGGUAGAGGCUGAGAUUGAAACAGAAAAGUCGAUGAAAGAAGAUCUUGAUACAAAGCUGAACAUAACCAAAGCUAAGCUCAACGAGACACAGAAGAAGUUGUCAUCUCUUGAAGUAGAAAUUGAUUACAGAAAGAGCUGUUGUGAAGAGCUUGAAGGAACUUGCAUCGAGCUUCAGCUUCAGUUAGAAAGUGUUGAAACGAAGAACUCGAUGCAGAGAAACAAAAACGGAUGGGAUACAGAAGCAGCUUCUGUGAAGUUAUCAGAGUGUCAAGAAACGAUUACCAAUUUACGGAAGCAACUAAGAGCGUUAUCUACAACAGAAACAUGCAGCAAAGUGAAGUUUCUACACAAAAGAUCUUCACUCCGGGACAAUAUACAAGAUUCAACGGCAAAAGAGUCAUCCAACAAAGCAGAGGAUGAUAACAAGAGAGAUACUCAUGGUGAUGAUGAAGAUGAUGAUGAUGGUAAAAAUUACAAUGCAUUGAUCGUGUAUGAACCAGUGAAGGCAAAAGGUGAGAAGAUGGAGAUGGUUCCAAGAAAGAAGCAAGGAUUAGGGUUCUUGAAGAAAUUGUUGUUCAGGAGGAAAAGAGUAAGCAGCAAGAAAUUUCUUGCCUUGACUAUAUGAUGGAUACAAAAAAACGAAGAUAAAAGUUUUUAUACUAAGGGUUUUUGUUUGUUUGUGUGGUAUGUUAUUGAGUGAACAGCGAACUGAUUGUGUGUAAUGUAUGUUUGUGUCUAUGAGAUGUAAUGGGGUUUAGACUAUUUGCUGAUUUAAUAUAAUAAAACGGAAUGUCUUCAAUC